GGCAUGAAUUUGGCUUUUCCUGCAGCGCACUGGGGGUCUGGCAGCUGGACAAGAGGGUCCUGCAGCUGGGCAGGAGGGUCCUGUGGCACAGGCAGCAGCCCAGGGAUUUGGGGGUUUCUGUGUCUGUACGGGUGUGACACAGCUCAUCCCUCCCGCUGUGAGCCUGGGCUUGCCGAGCGCCCUGGGGCCUGGCAGUAGGGGCUGGUGCCGGUGGGAAUGGUGAGAAUGGCGCUGGGGUGUGCGGAAGGUGCUGGGAUGCAUCGACACAGCUCUGGUACUGUAAGUAACUUUUAACCUGGUGCCACCACCUGACCUGUCUGGCUCAGGCUUCCCGACAUGGGAGACCGAAAGUAUUGGGAAGUGUUGGCGUGUCUGAGGGACGGUGUCGCAAGCGGAGGCGCCUGAGCCUUGGCAACAGGGGGCUGUGAAGGAGGAAGCUGAUCUGACCCAGAGCAGAGCCGGGGAAGUGCUGAGCUCAGAGAUUCAGGGUGCAGGGUCGCCCCGGCAGCUCCCACUGAGGUAGUGCGGGGGGAAUCGAUGCACAGUUGAGGACAGUGCUGGUCCAAAGGCACGUGGUGGCUUUGGGCCCUGGCGUGGGGCAAUGACUGCCCUGGGGACACUCUGUGCCCAGUGACCUGACCCCAGAGGAGUGCCAGGAGCUGGAGAACAUACGCCGCCGAAAGCAGGAGCUGCUGGCUGACAUACAGCGCCUGAAGGAUGAGAUAGCAGAAGUGACGAAUGAGAUCGAGAACCUGGGCUCCACGGAGGAGAGGAAAAACAUGCAGAGGAACAAGCAGGUGGCCAUGGGCAGGAAGAAGUUCAACAUGGAUCCCAAGAAGGGCAUCCAGUUCUUGAUUGAGAAUGACCUGCUGAAGAACACGUGUGAGGACAUUGCACAGUUCCUGUACAAGGGAGAGGGCCUCAACAAGACAGCCAUCGGAGACUACCUGGGCGAGAGGGAUGAGUUCAACAUCCAAGUCCUGCAUGCCUUUGUGGAGCUGCAUGAAUUCACGGACCUCAACCUUGUGCAGGCCCUGCGGCAGUUCCUGUGGAGCUUCCGGCUGCCAGGGGAGGCACAGAAGAUUGACCGGAUGAUGGAGGCCUUUGCCCAGCGGUACUGCCAGUGCAACCCGGGUGUCUUCCAGUCCACAGACACCUGCUACGUGCUGUCCUUUGCCAUCAUCAUGCUGAACACGAGCCUGCACAAUCCCAACGUGAAGGACAAGCCCACGGCAGAGCGAUUCAUCGCCAUGAACCGCGGCAUCAAUGACGGGGGGGACCUGCCUGAGGAGCUGCUCCAGAAUCUGUAUGAGAGCAUCAAGAAUGAGCCCUUCAAAAUCCCCGAGGAUGAUGGCAAUGACCUCACCCACACCUUCUUCAACCCCGACCGGGAGGGCUGGCUCCUGAAGCUCGGAGGAGGCAGGGUGAAGACGUGGAAGCGGCGCUGGUUCAUCCUGACGGACAACUGCCUUUACUACUUCGAGUACACGACGGAUAAGGAGCCCCGUGGCAUCAUCCCCCUGGAGAACCUGAGCAUCCGUGAGGUGGAGGACUCAAAGAAGCCCAACUGCUUUGAGCUCUACAUCCCUGACAACAAGGACCAGGUGAUCAAGGCCUGCAAGACAGAGGCAGACGGGCGUGUGGUGGAGGGGAACCACACGGUGUAUCGCAUCUCUGCCCCCACGCCUGAGGAGAAGGAGGAGUGGAUCAAGUGCAUCAAGGCUGCCAUCAGCCGGGACCCCUUCUACGAGAUGCUGGCUGCCAGGAAGAAGAAGGUCUCCUCCACCAAGAGGCACUAGCAGCCAGACUGGCCCUGCAAGGCCAGCCCAAGUGUUCCCCUGUCAUGGGGGCAUGUGGGAUGGGGGCCACGCUGCACGCUGGCCCUUGAGGCCCAGGGCCCAGCUUCAGCUUAGCCAUUUCUUAACUGUGGGGGGAGGGAAGGGGCACGGGCAUCUCAGUGACUCUAGCCCCCCAUCACUGCCUCAUCACCUGACAGCGUCCUCACAGGCUCAGGCUGGAACACGGCACCCCUGGUAGCCCUGGUCUCAGCACCACGGGCACCCUCCCUGCCUCUGACCCCCAGCAGGCCUGUGGCCACAUGGCACUGGGUCCCCCCAGCACCCGUGUCCAGACGCUCUUGGGGUGGCAGGUGGCAGCUGUUGGUGAGCAGCUGGCGGUUUUGGGGUGCCACAGGUGCUGGGGUGCAGGGUGUCAGCCCCAGGGGGCCCUGCAGAGAUACAGAUCCUGGCCCUCGUUGUAGCGGGCCUGGGUCUGUUCUGGGCGUCCCCACGCUGCUGCCUUGGACCCUCCCAGCCACCCCCUGUGCUGGAAUGGUCCCCAGACACAGGAGGGACGAAGGGCAGGGGCUGGUGCUGAGCAGUGGUGCCAUGCAGGGCGGGGGUGUGCCCUCACCCAGCUGUGGGAGCUGCAGCUCGGAUGUGGCAGCGCUCGGUGGCAUUGCCCCAGCACAUCCUUGUGCCAUGGCCUCGUGCCAGGGUGGCAUGGUGCCAUGGUGGAGCCUGCCCUCAGGAUGGCUGCUGCUGGGGGUCUGGCUGGGUGGGGCCUGUGGCCCCAGCUCUCUGCCUCACAGUUGCCUGUGUCUUGUCCUGUCCCCAUCCCCACGCACGGUCUGGAGGCACCUGGAUCAGUAUUAGUCUAUUUAUCAGAGGUGUAAAUACUCCUGUAUAGUUUUCUCCUUGUAGAUUAUUUUGUAUGUGGGUGGUUCAGUGCAGAGGCCUCACAGGAGUGGGGCGGGUGGGCAGGAUUUUUUAUUCUAACCUUUUUUUUUUUUUUUUUUUUUAAUUUGCCAUGGCCUUGUAAACUAGUGCUGAAGAUCAGCAACAAAUAAAUACUUGCACCACGCUUC